UGCCGCAGUCUGGCAAACCGAAGCAGCAGCAGCAGCAGCAAGUGAAUUCAUUGUGAUUUUUAGCCGUGAAAAGAGCAAAAGUUUCAAUAAUGAGGUCCAUCGUGCUUUUCGCGUUCCUCGUCAUCGCCGUGCUGAGUUUUCACUCGGAGCCCGUCAACGCUCAGCUAGAUCUGUUGGGUGGACUGUUGGGAGGUGAUGGUGGCGGUCUCUUGGGCGGAUUGUUGGGCGGCGGUGGUGGCGACAGCUCUGAGGAAGGAAAGGGCGGCAGCGAGGGUGGACUCGGCGGAGUUACCAAGGUUUUGGGACCGGUGACCGGCAUUCUCGGUGGACUGGGAAAGAAAAAAUAAGCAUCCUGUAGGAUUUUACAAUUUUUACGGAAUUCUUAGCGCCUUUUUAUUCAUUACAAUCAUUUUAGGAAAUUUGCUAUCAAGUUUAUAUUACGUCACAGACGUAUACUGAAAUUUUCAUCACAUCGUCAUAUAUAUAUCAAUGUCAGUUACUGAACAUACAGAAUAAAUAUUACACAUAAUUUACAACAAGUGAUAUACCUUUUAAUUUAAUUUAAUACAUUUUCCAUUUUUUUCAAACUUUGUAUCAUAUGCGUAUUCGAUAAAAAUGCAUUUAAGAAUAAGUCAUAGACGGAUCCUGAUUUAUUGUUCAUGAUUACUCGUAAAAUAAGCUAACAAUUAAUUACAAAUAAAAUUCCUUUUUUCGAAUCAAUCGGUCUCGAGGCUACCUCUGGGCCUGCUAAGAUGUCCAAUGGUACAAUUUCUCGGUGCUCGUCCCGUUCUGCGCAUUCGGCCUACAAAAAAUCAAAAUCAAAAUUUGUGACAUCGAUACAUUUCGUGAUAGGAAAACUUUCCAAAACUAAAACAAAAAAUUUAUUACGAGAAUAGACUAAAAAAAUAAAAGAAUCGACUAUUCGACGAAUUUUCUCUUGCAAAAAUCGUAAACUAAAAUUUGCGUUUUUCGAACGAGGACGACGACGACGCCCCACGCGCGUGCAUAAAACCGUAUCGCAAAUUUUUGUGCUGUCGCAGAGUCGUAAUAUAGCGUGAAUUGAGUAGUGCGACGCGAUAAAACAAACUCUGCGAGUAGCUUCUAUCAUGCGAAUGCGUAUACGUGCAAAAGAAUAACGAAUGCGAAUUCGAUUCGUAUUUUGCUUUUUUCAUCCUUUCAAACGACAAACUGCGUCAGGUAGCGGCGGCAGUGUGUCGAUGAUGAAAAAUCU